UAGAGUAGUAGAUCAGAAGAACUUGUAUUAUGUACAUUUUGAUAAAAUCAAGGCCAAACGUCUUUCAGUGUUGCAGACACAAAGCUCAUAUUCUUUAGUAAAGAACAGUUCACUAUGGCAAAUGAACUCUGUGCAGAGAGUCAGUGUUUACAGUGUUCACACUUCUUCUUUGUAACGUCUGCUGUUCUCUGUGGCUGCAGGAUAUCAGCUUCUGGAAGUCCUAAAUGCCAUAAUGACCAAAUGAGUGGCCUGAAAGAAACAGUUCUAAAAGGUUUAUUUAACAGGUUUAUAGAAGUUAACGACACCGGAAACAGCAGCAGGAGAUUGUGCAGGUAACUCUCUGAUUACAGGAAGGUUUCAGUCAGAGGUGGUCCAGAAUCAAACUUAGUUUCAAGAAGAAGUGGAGCUGGUAUUAUCUUUAUCUAUAGGCUGUGGAGGAUGUUCUGACUGGCCGGAGGAGUCCAGAGGAGACUGGGAGAAGGAGCUGUGGAAAGCGGGCAGGCAGGUACACUGCAGGUGAGGAUUCCUAGGAUAGCUGGUAGCUAUUGUGAUAACAAUUUAUGAUAACAAAUUGAAGUGACAGAAGGUUUGGACUGAGGAAUGUCCACAACAGCAGAGGAAGGUCAUUAGAAAAAUUACUGGAGGCAGAUAAGAGGAAAGGUUAAGCAGGGCAUGACACAAAAACUUGUUCUAAGCAUGAGGGCGCCGAUUAGCACUAUUGUAGUGACAACAAUCUGACAGAGAUUGAAGACCCAACUCAAUCUUUAAACAGCGCUCACUGGUGAGAAAAUGAAAGGCAUGUGUGAUUAGCAAAGCCUGGGAAACAGAGACUCCUCCAGCUGGCGGCCCCAGCGAGGGCAGCCGGCCCACAACUGCACCUGAGAGGAGAGAGAACGCAGAGAAGGAGAAAAACCUCCAGACAGUAAUCAGUGCUCCAAGUUUCUCACAGUUUGUGGACUUCUGCUUGUCUACAUGCUUUCAAGAACUGAUCAUUACCACGAUUUGGUUUCCUGACCAUGGAUCCAACAUGCUGAUCUAAUGAUCUCUCAGCCACUUUUCACUUAUGCUCCAUGUUUGAGGCAGGCUGGCUGGAUCGUCUUUCUCCAGGUGGCUCUGUGCAGUGAGAUUUUUGGCUCUGCCCUUGGAGGGGGAGCUGCUCGCCCCUUCACACCCUUAGUUUUUUUCCGGUUGAGAGGCUGCACAUUUAGGAACCAACUCUGGUGAUGGCUCUCCAUGUGAUUACUUCCCAUCCCCAGUCCUCAGUUUCCUUUGAGUGUUGUAAAGUAACUUUUGCUUCUUGUGUCCUCUGCAGAGCUUCGUACCCAGAUAACGUGCCAGAAAAGUGUGCCUGUUCCACAUCCAUGAUGUUCCUGUCACCAGAGUUUAGCCCAUAUGCUCGCCCACUCCACUCUGCCGGGUCUCUUGCAGGUACCUCCAUCAUCGUCUGGACACCAAUAUUGGAAACAAACACAGAUAUCGAAGCAACCAUUCUGUUUUCCCCACUUACCCACAGUAGCUGCUUUUCUCUCGUCUACAGACCUGUAAACGUGCCUCACAAAUCUUAGGAUUUUCCACGGACAAAUGAUUUUUCCAGAUUUCCCAAACAGUCAGAAGUUGGCUUCAUCAGAGAAAAUAACUGUGCACCAACCCUCUGCUACCCCUUGAACUUCCUGCAGAUUUCCGGUCUGUCCUUGAGCUUUGAGGCUUCUCUGUUGUCCCUUGAUGCCUCACUGUGCCUGCAGACGCACUCAUGCCUGUUCACUUCUGGAACGAUGACUCAGCCUCACUCUGGAGGAGGCGGUGAUCCUGGCGCUCCAUCGUGCUGAAGCCUUCACAGCAGCUGAACGGCUCUCAGUGAAGCAUUUGAUGAUUCAGUGAGAUUCAGUUUCUCUCAAGUGGAAAAUUCAUAGAAGUAAUUUCUUUGCAUGCGAGGCCAUUUUAGGGCUGUAUGAGUUUCUUUUGAAGUAAUGUUGCUAAAACAGGAAGUUGUUGUGACAUCAGCUAACUCGCACACACUCUUUAAUGUCAGGGCCAAAACUUUUUGAUAAAGUGAACUUUCAUACUGACAAAGCUCCUGCUUGUGACACCCAGAGGACAGCAAUAUAUAAACAUAACAACUGAGGCAGCAAAGUUUGCAAAACACAGUGUUGGCUUGACUGUAGUCACAGUUUGUGAGAUAGCUUACGACUGUGAAACAGGUCUGUUCCUUAUACGAGUUUUGGACACAUGGAUCAAACAAGUUCAGGUUCUGAAAUCCUUGAAUGAUCACAGAGGGUCACAGGACCACACCACAGUAUGGAUCUCCUGGCUGGGAAAAAAUAGUUAAAAAUCACCAAAUUUCAGCCCAAAUCUAUGAACUCUGAAAAUAUUAAUAAUAUGAAGGCAAAAUAUUAGGACUGUACCUUCAGUAUUUUUGCAUGGCUUUCAUAAAAAACACUGAAGGUAACAUAAAAAAGAAAAUAUCAGCGGAUCCUGAGGUGGUCAGGUGGGAACCUUUUUCAAGUUUGGGUGAUUUGAUGUAGAAUGAUCCAAUAUCGAACAGUUGCCAGUAUUAACGGCGCUCUGGAUUAAACGCUCGGACUGCAUGAGCAUAUGUAACAGAGAGUUUAUGCGUCUUUACCUGUUCUGCAGUUUUUCUAAUGCAAAUGUUGAAUUCACAGCAUUUUCAGCACCUCGUGCCCCUCAAUGACGUCUCCGAUCGCGUCUUUGCUCCCAGUGUUGCUCUCACAGUAACACAUCGUGUUGUUGCGCUGGUAUAAACGCAGUGUUACAGUGUGCAGCGUGCAUGCACGGCUGUAUAUCGGCGUCUUUGCGGUCCUCCUGAGCUCUGAGUGGUGCUGUCUCGCAUCUGUCGCCCUGCAACGACUGCACUUCCAUUGCAUUUCUCCAGCAGCGGACUGACCAGGCCCCUCGCAGCCGCUACACAGUGCCCCCGAGCCGGGCUGAUUCCCACCGCAGACCCGGGAGGUGAGACGGUGGUGGCACAGCGGAGGACGACGGACUCCAUAACCGCUGCGAAGGCCGGAUCUACGGCGGGGAAAAGCCCAGGAUGUGAUGAAAUCCUAAACAAAGUGCGACACACACACAGACACACACAAGCCCCUGCACAUCAUAAACGGGCCCGUCUUGCACUGCAACUUUGCGUUUUUGGCUCUCGGCGGGCGCAGAAGGCGGAUAAUCAUAGAGGUGAGGUCGGGGAAAUUAUUGUCUGGGGAAGGGUGACGCGCACUUCUCAGCAGCCCCUGCGCUGUCAGACGAGGAAGUGAAGCUUCACACACGCCCAUUUGAGCCUGUCGACCCUGCUGAAAAAGCCCAGAGCCGCUCAUCAGAUAACACAGCAACGGACUUUCCAAACAUGCGCCCACUUUCGGAUGGACGGCAGCGGGAAUAACCUGCAGGACGUCGAGCAUUUCAGCAGCGUGCUUCAGUGUUGAAGGAUGGACAGGGAGCUGGUUCGGCAGAGCCAAUCAGAUCACGGCGAGGCCACCAAUGGAACCAGCCCUCCGACCGCCGCUGAAUCCUCCACCACCCCUCCGACCCCCACUCCUCCUCGGCUUACCCCCAACCCCAUGCUCCUGGACUCCCCCGCACCCUCGCUGACACCCACCACCUCCUCCCCUCCCCCGCCUCUCACUCCCGCCCCCUCCAUCACCACAAACCAUGGACCAAAGGCGGCAGCAGCAACAGCUGGCGCUCCGUCUCCUCACGUCCUCGUCCCGACUCCCCCUAAACUUACCUCCACCCCUGCCCCCACCCUCCGCACAUACUCCCGACACAACCAUUCUUCCAAAAUGUCUCCCUCCAUGCAAACCCCCCCUUCCCCCUCCCUUCUCCCUCCCCCUUCGUCCUCCUCCUCUCCUGUCGUAGCGACCGCUCCUUCGCCACUCCUCUCAUCCUCUCCAACUUCUUCUGCAACGCACAACAACACCACCAUGUCUACCAAGAUCUCCACCAGCCUGACCAACGGGAGCACCAGGGUCCUCUCUGCAACCUCAACGCAAAUCACACCGUUUCACACACCAGCCAGUCCACCUGGCAGACAGGUAUCACAGACUCCUGUGGGCACACCUGGUCUUGUGCGAACCAAUCAGAACCCCUCCCCUGUCAGGCAUCCCAAGGUAUCCCAGCAGACAUUGCUCCUAGGAAAAGGUCUCAAAGGGUCAGGCCAAGACCAAGUGUUGCUUAGAGCUCAAAUGCUAAUUCUUACAUCUGCUAUGCGGCCGCCCCAGCCGUGCUCCUCCUCUUCCUCCUCCUCUGCUUCCACUUCUCCUCCUUCCUCUAACCCCGCCUCGGCUCAGCUCCAGAGUCUCACCUUGAGGCCUCCUCCUCCCGGGACUCUCGCCAUCCCUCCUUCCCUACGCCUCAAGCCCAGCGCCACGGCCCCGCCUCCCCUCUCUCGACCUCAAGGCCCGCUCAUCCCGAUUCUCAAGCCGCGACCUCAGUCCAGCACCACAGCAACGGAGUGCCCAACCACGCCCAGCCGCCACCUCGCCGUGCCUCCUCCAACUCUCUAUUCUCCGGUUCGAGCCGUCCCUCUGAGACCCAGACUUCACUCUCCUAACGGUCACAGAGCGGUGUCACCUCGACAGACCUCGGCCCUCCAACCAAUCGCUGCUGCUCCCUCCAGCCAGGCGUCUCCCAUCAGCCGGCCACUGGCUGGACUGAAGAGCUGUCCGUUAACUCACAGCCCGGUAUCUGUCUCCAGCGCUCUGUCAGCUGUGCCGCAUUUUGAGCGCUCGUUGUCUGCAGCGAAGCAGCUUCAAAUCAUCGCCCUUUCUUCGGCUCGCCAGCCACAGCCGGGAACUUACACGCAUGCUUCGGUGCAGCCGCCGCCUCCAGGUGCAGAGUCGCCUGAGGUUUCCGCCCAAUCAAAGAGGACUUUGAGCACUGAAGACGUCCUUCCUCCUCCUCCUCCUCCUCCUCCUCCUCCUUUAAACCCCUCGUUGCCAAAAACCACCUCUCCUCUGCCCUCACCUCCAUCCCUUCUGAGUCCAGCCUCUCCGCAGAGUCAAGCUGAGUCCCAGCUGCAAAAUCUGACCCAGAAGGUGGAGGUAAAGGAGGCUGAAGAGCAGAGAAAGAGAGCUACAGCCGUGAGACAGGAAGUCAAAGACGAGGAAAGUGUCGCUAAAGACCUGAGGGUGGAGAAAGAUGACCAAAGAGAGAAGGUGAAGGAGGAGGAGCCCAGUGAGGAGCAAAUCAGCCAGGAGGUGCAGGAAGUUAGCCGAGAGGAAGAUCAAAUGGAAGUGACAGAAGAAGGCCAAAGUGACAGAGAGAGGAGAGAGGAAGGCAAGGACAAGAAGAUGGAGGAGGAAGAGGAAGGAGAGACUCCAAUGGACCAGUCUGAGAACCAGACUGCACAGCUUCCCCAUCAGUACCACAACACGGACCCUAUCCCGGAACUUGAUUCUGUUAAAGACUCCACUGUGGACUCAAAACCCAUCACGGGUCUCAUUUCAACUCCACUUCCAGUCCAAACUCCAGCACCAGUCCCGGUACCAGAGCCGGCUCCAGUCCCCGAAGCCUCUGCCCAGAGUCAGAGACUGCCAGAGCCUCAGAAAGACCUUCAACCUGUUAGCCAGGAGGACUUCUGUGAGAACAUGUCGACCCAGUCCGACAAUCAGUCAGCGUUGUCCAGCCUCUCCUCCCAGUCUCCCCCCUCCUCACCCAUCAUCACUCCUUCGGCAGAAAACCCUCCUCCUCUCCUCCCGGCGCAGACCGCCCUCCCGACUGACCUCAGCCUACCGCAGCAUGAGCCAGCGAAGGUGGACAAAGCGGUUGGCGAGCCGCAGCCCCCCACCGCAACUGAGGCAGAGCCUCUCGGCCAAUUGGAGGACAAGUCGGAGAGCUUCAGCCAAUCACUGAGCAGCCCCUGGGAGCCAAGGCCGUGGCCUGAGGGACGGCAGGUUCUCACCCACCUGGUGGAGGGAUUUGUCAUCCAGGAGGGGCUCCAACCGUUUCCUGUGAACCGCUCAUCCCUGCUGGUUCCAGAGCAGGUGCCCAAACCGCAGGAAGUGAAUGGGACCAAUGGGAAAGCGGCGCUGCCUGUAACGGAAACGAUAAAACAAACUGAGCACUCCACAGAUUCGGACGAAGAGGAAGGAGGAGACACGGACGAUCCAGGGAGCAGGUCGGGCCACAGAGACCGAACGGUGCUGCACUGCCAGUUCUGCGGGAAGAGAGGCCACGCACACAACUUCAUGCGCUCCAAACGCUUCUGCUCCACUUCCUGUGCACGCGGGUUUAACGUUCGUCUGACGAAGCGUCUGCGGGCUCUCAGCGCAGGAAGCCGGUCAGAGAAGCCUCGUCCUGCCCUCAACCGGGCGGAGUCAGUCCCUGGGAAACCCCUGCUGCUGCGGCUGCCUCGUGAUCUGUGGAGCGCCGGUCAGCGUGAGAAAGAUGGAAAAGAAAAAGCAGCGGCGGCAGAAGAGGACGAAGAUGAAGACGAUAUGGUGGGAGGUGGAGGCAGGGAGGAGGAAGACGAUGACGGAGGAGAGGAAGAUCCCGCUGUCGCCAUGACGGCUAGAAUGGAGCGUCGGGCGGCACGGAGAGCGAGGAGGGCGUCGGCGCCGGCCGUGACCACUUCCACGCCUACCACCACAUUUAAGCCAGCCCCCUCGCAGUGGAGCGUGGAGGAAGUCACCGCCUUCAUCCACACGCUGCCAGGCUGCAGUGACGUAGCGGAGGCUUUCCGGGUGCAGGAGAUCGACGGCCAGGCUCUGCUGCUGCUCACCGAGGACCAUCUGAUGACCAGCAUGAACAUAAAACUGGGACCUGCUCUGAAGAUCUGCGCUCACAUCAAUGCACUGAAAAACCAAUGAGAGACAAAGAAAAAGAGAAACAAAUUGAGAAAAAGAGAAAGCGUGGGUUUAAAAUGGAAGAGGGAAAAAAGGCAAUAAAGACGCGCGGAAAAGAGAGAAAUCGACGGAAGUCAAAAGCUGACACCAAGGAUGACAGAACAAAGUCACAAAAAGAGAUUUGUGGGAAUUUAUAAUUUAUGAGAUUAUAAAUCGAGGCGUGGCCUUAGCAGAUGGGAACUGGAGAGGAGUGCAGGAGCAUGACGACACCAGAGUCCAUGAGAAAUUUCACCAGUUUUGGGCCCUCCGACUGUAGCAGGAGACCGGGGGGAGGGGGGGGUUUUGUAACUUUGUGUAUAUUUUACAUGCCGCUGGAGAGUGUACAUUUGAAGCUAUUUGAUGAAGGAUUUUGAACAUUUAAUAUAUAAAAUUUGUCUAUUUAGUUUUUUUAGAACGUGACGUCAACAACAAAUCUAUCCAGUAGCUAAACAUAACCCGUGUGUGUAAAAGGAAAAAAAAACAAUAAUGCGUAGACUUUGUAAGUGAUUAAUGAAAGUUUAAUGUUUUAUAUCACUAUAUUCUGGACAAAGACAUGUCUGUGUAUUAAAAAAAGUCACUAUCAGGGUAGAGGCUGGUGUCUUUAAUCGUCACAUUUUUAUGGUAUCCUGCUUGAAAUUAU